AUCUCUGCGGCGGAGCGAGGGACAGUCACACGUUUAUUUUUAACUGGCUGGGGAGGACGGGCAGGGAUUGGUGGGUUUCUUGGUUAUAUCACUAAAUCCCUGCGAGGCCCUGUUAGUUCCAGCACAGCGAGCCUGGCCGUGGCGCACCAGUAACCAUUUCAGCACUCGUUCCUCCAUGCCCCAUCCCAAUGGGGCCCGAUGUGCGCACAGAUGGAGCAAGAGGGAACCCCACACCCUGCAUCCCGUGGGUGCACCCCAUGCCACCGCCCUAUCCUGGGUGCGGGAUGCGGCCCAGGUGUCUGGGUCUCCCGUUGCAUCUCUGGCUGCGAUGGUGUGUGGGGAUCACAUCCGUAUCCCCCCACCCCAGCACUUCUGUGUGGUUUGUGGCUGUGUUGUCCCCAUGCUGGUGGCAGACGCCACGCAGGGCAAGCCCAGCACAUCCUGUGGGGAGCAGUGUCCCACUGUCACCGUGAUGUUCACAGUCCCCUCACCAUCCCUGUGAAAUGCCCACCCACCGACCCCAUCCCCAGGUCCCCAUGCGAUGCCCAUCCACCAGCCCCAUCUCCACAUCCCCCAGCCCCACAUGCAGCUCCGCACGGAGCAGCGAAGGGUUAAGCCAUGCAGCAGCCCCCACGUGACGCUCCGGGGAUGCCGUUUUUCUGUAGAUCAGGACGGAUUAGGCUGGAAUAUCAGGACGAGAAUUUCUCCAGGCUGUGCUCCCCCCACUCCACGGCCCCCUGAGGAUGCGCAGCUGCUGGGCCAGGGCCCCCCCUGGUGCAUGAGGCUGCUGCUUGCCCGAGAGCCCCCGAGCGCCCGCACUGACGGCCGCGGCCGUGCCAGGAGCCAUGUCGGGUUCCUACGACGAGUCGGCAGCAGCCGCCGAGGAGACGACCGACAGCUUCUGGGAGGUGGGGAACUACAAGCGCACGGUGAAGCGGAUUGAUGACGGACACCGGCUCUGCAAUGACCUCAUGAACUGUGUGCACGAGAGGGCCAAGAUUGAGAAGUCCUACGCCCAGCAGCUCACUGACUGGUCCAAGAGGUGGAGGCAGCUCAUUGAGAAAGGCCCCCAGUAUGGCAGCCUGGAGAGGGCGUGGGGUGCCAUCAUGACGGAGGCGGACAAGGUGAGCGAGCUGCACCAGGACGUGAAGAACAGCCUGCUGAAUGAUGACUUUGAGAAGGUGAAGAACUGGCAGAAGGACGCCUACCACAAGCAGAUCAUGGGGGGCUUCAAGGAGGCCAAGGAGGCUGAGGAUGGCUUCCGGAAAGCGCAGAAGCCCUGGGCCAAGAAGCUCAAGGAGCUGGAGACAGCCAAGAAAGCUUACCACCUGGCCUGCAAGGAGGAGAAGCUGGCAAUGACCCGGGAAGCCAACAGCAAAGCAGACCAGUCCAACACCCCCGAGCAGCAGAAGAAGCUCCAGGACAAAGUGGAAAAGUGCAAGCAGGAUGUGCAAAAGACUCAGGAGAAGUACGAGAAGGUUCUGGAUGAGCUGAACAAGUGCACCCCACAGUACAUGGAGAGCAUGGAGCAGGUCUUUGAGCAGUGCCAGCAGUUUGAGGAGAAGAGGCUCAACUUCCUCAAGGAGGUGCUCCUGGAUAUCAAGAGGCACCUGAACUUGGCUGAGAGCAGCAGCUACGCCAACGUUUACCGGGAGCUGGAGCAGACCAUCCGCCUCUCAGAUGCUCAGGAGGAUCUCCGGUGGUUCCGCAGCACCAGUGGCCCUGGCAUGCCCAUGAACUGGCCCCAGUUCGAGGAGUGGAACCCGGACCUGACGCACACGAUAACGCGCAAGGAGAAGAUGAAGAAGGGUGAAGGGGUGACUCUGACCAACGCCAGCAGCACGGGCGAGAGCGGGGCGUCAGCAGGAGAGCGCGGGAGCGUCAGCAGCCACGACCGCGGGCAGACCUACAGCGCCGAGUGGUCCGACGACGAGGGCAGCAACUCCUUCAAUGCCAGCGAGGCCAACGGUGGAACCAACCCCUUUGAUGAGGACUCGGCAGGGAAAGGCGUGCGGGUGCGGGCGCUGUACGACUACGAUGGGCAGGAGCAGGACGAGCUCAGCUUCAAAGCAGGGGACGAGCUGACCAAGCUGGGUGAAGAAGACGAGCAGGGAUGGUGCAAAGGGCGCUUGGACAACGGGCAGCUGGGGCUGUACCCCGCCAACUACGUGGAGGCAAUCUGAGUCUUGUGUUGUGCUCCUCGUCGCCGUCUGCAGAUCCACCCGCCCUCCGUUGUCUCCAUUCUCUGCCAGCCCACCGCCAUCGCUCCGUCUGCUCCGUCACUCCUCCCUCUUAGAGAUUCAGACAUAUUUUCCGACCGAGCUUUUAUUUUUUUAAGAGUUGUCUCCGAAGAGUAUUUUGCAUAGUCGCUUUUUUCUUCUUCUAAGAUAAAGUGAAGCGAAAGACGACGCCGUCCGUUCCGCGCUAGCUGAUUUUUCCCAGCGAAAAUCCGAUACCUCAAGAUCUUAAAGCCCAACCAGCGACAGCUCCUCCUUGGUUGGUUUUUAAAGAUACUGAACUCAUGAGCCGCCUUCUGAUUGGCUGGAACUGUUCCGAAACGCACGGCGCUGGUCUCCUGGGACCAACCUGAUUCGCCCCUCUCUGAAAAGAAAAA